AUGGUGCUGCGCGAGGCAUCCAUUCCUAGCUCCCGGCGCGCCGCACGCUCGGGGAGCCGCGCGGGGCGCGCAGCCCCAGGCCAGCCGAGCGCCGGGCCGGCCGCUGCGCGCGGGGAGGGAGCGCGGGGAGGGAGCGCGGGGCGGGAGCUGAUUGACGGGGCGCGCGGUCAGGUGACCCGGGGCGCCACGUUCCCGGAGCCCAGCCCGCGGUGGCCGCCUGGGCCGGGCCGGGGCCGAACCGGAGCCGAGAGGGGCGGCUCUCUGGGAACAAAGUUGCUGGGCCUGCGGCGGCGGGGGCCGGCGGCCGAGGGCCGAGGGCCGGGGGGGAGCGGGAGCGCUCGACCGCCUCCUCCCGGGGAGGGCCGGCCCCGGGGUGCCCGGCCGCGAGCCCGUUUCCCGGGGGGACGGCGGCGCGCCCCCUCCCUCUUCUGCCUCCUGCGCCGCUCUCCAACAAAGGGGCAGGCCGGCGGCGGCGGGGGAGGAGGCGGAGGAGGAGCCGCCGGAGCGAGCCGCUCGCGCACAAAGUUGUGGAGUCGCCUUUCCUCGGAGGAGGGGAGCGGGCAGCCGCAGCCGGCCGCGGGCUUUCUCCCGAAGCCGCUUGGAGCACCGCGGGGAGCGGUGCCUCCCUUCUCCCGGGUCGUUUCUGCAGACGGAAAACUCUCUAGUGUUUGGCCAACUUGGUGCCGGCGCGCCCGUUCCAGGUUUGCGCCUGGACUGUUUUGUUUUUGUUUUUGGCGGAACUACCGGGCAGGAAGAUUGCACAAGUUGGGGGCGUUUUCAAUCGGGUGUCAAAAAAAAAUUUUUUUUUUUUUCCUUUCGGAUUUGUCUGGUCCUUCACAUUUCCUUUUUAAAGCACGUUGCUCCACGGAACUCACACUCGCACACUCCCCCGCGAUCACUGACGACCCAAACACGCCCAGAGGAGCGCGGCCCGCUCGGGACGCGGCGGCGGCGGCGGCGGCGGCGGCGGCGGCUGGCAGGCAGGCGGCGCGGGCCCGCGGGUCCUGGAGCAGGUAUUGAUGUCGAGCUGGACCAUUAUAGAGAGCUGGAAGUCUUAAAAAGAGGAUUUAAUACAGUCUUUGGAUUAAAUUGAAACUCUGCAAAGAUGGCCAAGUAUGGAGAACAUGAGGCCAGGCCUGAUGAUGGGCAG